AAAUAUCUCCACUUCUACACUGCAGGAUAAGCACUGUAACAGAAAACGUCACGAACAUCUUACGUCAUGAAAAUGAUGAACAACGGCAACAGAAUAUUUUACCUUGGUAUAUCAUGUUUUCUUCUAUUUCUUGGACGAGUUGGGUCUGUGUCAUUUUGUGACGGUCUUUGCGAGUGUUAUCUCUCUCGUAUUGGCUGUUUUGGGGUUGAUUUCAUAAAGGCAUUAAAUCACACCUUACCCGAUGAAAUAGCAAACAGUACAACUUCACUUCAGAUUUCAUAUUCUGAGACUUUGAGGAUCGACAAUGACACUUUCAAACGCUUUCAUACUUUGGAUACCCUGGAUAUAGAGUAUGUCACUGUCACUUUCUUGAGCGAAUAUGUUUUUGAGGAUCUUGAUGGUUUACAGCAUCUCCGUUUGACAUCUACUGGACUGAAGACAAUUCCAUCUACCGAGCUUUCCCAUCUAACUUCGUCUCUUGCGAAAUUAGAUCUGAUGUUUCAGAAAUUUUCAAACAUUCCGGCCAAUUCGUUUGUACAACUUGGAAAUCUUCGUGAGAUGACCAUCGAGUACAAUUUAUAUUUUCUAGAUGUAUCCGCUAAUGCCUUUGCCGGUCUUGCCAAUUUAUCUUAUCUUUCCUUGUGUAGAAAUGGCAUCAGAUCAUUACACAACACUACUUUUAUGGGUUUGACAAGUUUACAAGAAUUUGACCUGAGUCACAAUUUCAUUAUUGCUGUUCCGACUGCACUUGAUGCUCUAAAGUCUCUCAUAAAGCUAGACUUGUCUUACAAUCACCUCCUGCAAAAUACAAGUAAUCUUGAAUUCUUGGUCGAAAUGCCAGCACUCCAGACCCUCCAGAUGGGCUACUGUGCCAUUUCUGAAAUGUCACCAGAUGCUGUUCACAACCUCAAGGCAUCUCAUUUAACCGUUGCAAAUUUCGAUGGAAAUCCCUUCAGUUGUACAGAAUAUAUCUGCUCCUUUGUAAUUUGGUACGUGGGCAUGGCCGAACUGAGUACAACCACGAGAAGCCCUUUCUACAUACCUUUCCUAACUCUGAGUCCUCCUCCAGGAAAGGGACCAUACCGAUGUGAGACCAGUGGACUGACCUUUGAAGAGUUCCAGAAAGAGUCUUGUUUACCUACUCCUGUUGACCCCUUGCCGACCAUUUCUUACCCUGUUAACUAUCCGACAUCAUUGCGAGGUAUAGCAUUUGGUGUUAUCUGUAUUGUCUUUCUCCUUGUAAUAGUGUCCGUCGUAAUAUGGAAACAUAGACUGAAGCGAAAUCGUGGAUUUCACUUUGGAUUCAAUUUCCAGCGACGUGCUGAUUACGGAGCCGUUCAGGAGAAUGACAAUGAAUAUAUGUUUGAUGCCUACGUCAGCCACCACGAAGACGACAGGCCAUUCGUCCAAGAUGAGAUGCUUCCUCGCCUUGAGGACGAGAACGGCUUUGAUCUCUGCGUAUCUUUCCGCAACUUCCGUCUAGGUUCCAACCUCCUAGAAAACGUGUCUUCUGCACAGGAUGUUAGUCGGGCCAUCAUCUUUGUCAUCAACGAACGCUUCAUGCAGAAUGGUCAGUGCAGGCUGGAGCUGGAGAUGGCUUCAAGGAGGAUGCUAGAAGAUGAUGAGGAGAACGGAAGACGACUUCUUGUCCUUAUCAUGAUGGAUGUACUAGCUCCAGAGCUGGUAAACAACACCCUAAGGAUGCUUCUCAACCAUGUGGCUUACCUCGAGUGGGACCCUGUCGCAGAAGAAAGAUGCUGGGGGCAACUUGUUGCUACCCUUCGUGCCAUGGUGCCGAUGCGGAAUGAUCAAAACGAAGAGAGGAUUGCUGACGAACUAAAUGCCGAUAGGGAAGGAGGCAAUGAAAGAGUUUAGCGCUUAUCACAAAACAUGUCUCGCGCUUCAUCUACUUUCUUUUCUUGCGAAUAGGCUUCUUUGCCGCGUUUUUAGAUUCUUACUUAAAUAAACCAUCUUUUGUACAUGUAUUAUGAACACGAUAUUUUAUUUCAGUUUUUAUCAUUAUUUGCCCCCACGACAUUGAAAAUAAUGUUAUCAAUGUCUGCUCGAUAGAACUCAGCUCUAUUUUUUCCCAUUAUCUGCCACUGCAGAAACAGUGAUUCCUUGUUAUUUUGUAUCCUCAUUUCGUUCUCCUAAUUUUUCUUUGAUCAUCAAGAAAGAAUUUGCAAGAUAUACAAUGAAUUAUCAAGCUGUGUGUAUUUUUCACGA